UAAAGUGUAAACAUUGACGACCGCAGGGCACUUAAACAACAAGCCAUGGCCGAUUCACAGUGUUAAGCUUUUAGUAUUGCAAAAAAUAUUCAGCUAUGUGACAUCUGUAAAGAGCUGCAAAGCGGCUGGAACUGAGGAAGACCGGGAUCGAAGAAGCUCCAAGCAGGGUUUGUGUGCUGUGAGGGAAUGGGUUACAUGCCUUGCUGUUCCAAAUGGAGAAUAAAGGGAGCGACGAGGUGGAAACAUUGAAGACAAAGUUUGUGUCUGUGUGGCACAAUGUCAAGUACAGUUGGGCUCUGAAAUCAAAGACCUCUUUCAGUAGAAAUUCCCCAGUGCUUCUCCUCGGAAAAUGUUACCAUUUUAAGGCGGAAGAUGACGACAGUGUUGCAGAGGCCUGCUCUGAAGCCUGUGAUGAGGACUCUGUUGUGGGGAACGUGGAGGCUUUCCGCAAGGAUUUUACGUCCCGGGUGUGGCUCACCUACAGGGAGGAGUUGCCCCCCCUCCCCGGCUCCACCCUGACCUCGGACUGCGGCUGGGGCUGCAUGCUGAGAGCUGGGCAGAUGAUGCUGGCUCAGGCCCUCAUUCUGCACUUCCUGGGCAGAGACUGGACCUGGUCGGAGGCGAUGGCCCUGCAGCCUUUAGACACAGAGACGUGGACCACCAGCGCAGCCAAGCGCCUGGUGGCCUCACUGCAAGGACCCUCCAGGCCUCCAGAGCAUGGCCCACCCCCCCCACUCCAGACCCAGGCCCCGGGAUCUGCAGAGGAGGCAGAUGCUCAUUUGAAAGAGAUGUACCACCGCUCCCUGGUGUCCUGGUUCGGCGACAGCCCCUCGGCUCAGCUCGGCCUCCACAGGCUGAUCCGCACCGGCCUGACCAUGGGGAAGCAGGCGGGGGACUGGUACGGGCCCGCUGUGGUGGCACACAUCCUCAAGAAAGCUGUGGAAGAGGCGAUGGACCCUGGCUUGGCGGGUAUAACUGCUUAUGUCUCCCAGGACUGCACAGUGUACAGUGCUGAUGUCAUCGAUAGCCAUAGGGCACCAAGAGCAGGGCAGCCCUCUGCAGAGAGAUCAGAGGCCCCGCCCACCUCACAGAGCGACCAACCGGUGUCAGCCUCCACCCUGACUGACAGCCGAGCCGUCAUCAUCCUCAUCCCUGUGAGGCUGGGAGGGGAGAAGACAAACCCGGACUAUUUUAACUUUGCAAAGAGCAUACUGAGUCUGGAGUACUGCAUAGGCAUCAUCGGAGGGAAGCCCAAACAGGCCUGCUACUUUGUAGGAUUUCAAGAUGACAGCUUGAUUUACAUGGACCCUCAUUACUGUCAGUCUUUUGUGGAUGUCAGCACCAGCGAUUUCCCUCUCCAGUCAUAUCAUUGCCCCUCGCCAAAGAAGAUGCCUUUCAGCAAGAUGGACCCAAGUUGCACCAUAGGUUUCUACUCUAAAAGUGCUCAAGACUACGAGAGAAUCAGCCAGGAGCUUUCUAAGGUGCUGCAGCCGUCAGCCAAGGAGAAAUACCCGGCGUUCACUUUCGUCCAAGGUCACGGCAGAGAUUACGACCUGUCUGCAGGCCUGACCCCGGAGAAGAGAGAAUGGCCCUUUAUCCGUGACCCCCGGAGGACGGUCACCACCACCGGGGACUUUGUGCUGCUUUGACAGCGCGGUUUUAAAAGACUACAGACAGGGAACUUCUUCUGAUGAAUCACACUGCUUGAUACAUAAAGCUUUGUGUUUUAGUCUGCUGGGACACUGAUGCUUAUGGGAUUUUUUUUUAAAUACAGUAACUCAGUUAAUACCUCCUGAAAACUUUGUUGCCAAGCAGGCUUUGCCAUAACAUUCUUUGGACUCAUUUUUGUUGUCUGGAACUGUGAGCUUCCUGACAUUUUUUUAGGAAGCUUUUGGUGCUCUCAUUUUUUUUUAAUGAGCUAAGAUGUCGUCUUAUGCAAAGGAACAUCGAUUCUAGUGGAACACCUCAAUUUGCACCAAAUAUCGACAUACUUAUUUUGGAGGAUUUUUUUUUUAUUACUUACUUCAUGUUUAGAAGUCUUAAAAGUAUUUUCCUCAUCAUGAUCGUAAGGUCCAGUUAAUCACUCCCACAUGUUUUCAAGGCUAACAGUGUUAUACAGUAGUGUCAUUGGAGUAGAGUGUUAUUUUCACAGAGCCACAUCUCAGUUGGGAUAAGAUGAUUAUUGUUAAGCCGUAAUUAAUAUGGGCAAAGGGCUCUCUGAACUUUGGGAAACUUUUACUAAACUAUUCUGCCAAAAACCUUUCAUUAUACAGGAUGAAUUCUUCACCCGUCUGAAUCCCCUCGAUAGCAGAAGCAUACGGGACAUUUGUUCUGAAACACACUUAUUUCAUUAUUGUGCCAACAUGUCUUUCAUUCACGUUACAGCUCAUGUCGUUCUCUGAGCAAUAACAUAUAAUGGUGUUGUAUGACGAUGUGGUUCUUUGCGUGCCUCCUGUGUUUUUAGGUGGUACUGUAAUGAACUACCCUUAACAAUAGAGUUAUUUAGAUAUAAAGUAUUUACUGUAUUUGUCUAAUUAACACUGAAGUAAGUUUUAAGUCACACAAUUGUAUUGUGGAGUAGCAAUCUACACCUCAUGAUGAAAUCAGAGACAUAUCAACCUUCCAAAUAAUAAUUAUUUUAUAUGCUGCAUGUAUGAACCAUUUUGGUUAAUCAUUUCUACACAUUUGUAUCAUUUCAAACCAUCCCUUUUUUAUAUCUCAUACAAUAUGCAAAAGAAAGGGAAUUUACUAACAUUUCAUAUUAUGGUCAUUAAUGUUUUUCCUUCUUUUGAUUAUCUUUUCCUCAAUUCUAGUCUCCAGCAGUGAGUAACUCAAUGCUAUAAUGCUUUUUUAAACGCCUUUACAGUAUCUCCAUCUUAACAAACUAGUGAAGUGAAGAAGUAUGUGAAAACACAUUAAGAUGCCAAACAGGAACAUGCACUUUGUUCUGAUCACUUUCACAUGACUGAAGUAUUCUGCCUGUUGAAUCUAUUGUAUGUACUUCUUUGCACUGCAACAAAUGCACGUCUGUUUGCAUAAAUUCACUUCGAAAAUGUUAAAAAAUAAAUAAAACUGCCAAAAGAAAAGUGAAUAAAGGCAAAAUAUUUGACUCUUUUAA